AUGCGCUGCAACUAUGUUCUCGGCUUUGUCGCCACAGUUCUGGCACACCCUACCGUGAAGCCUGCUGAUACUGGCAAGCGGGUUUCUGCUUCGUACGAAGGAAAGGGAUCCAAUUUUGACGACGAGCAAUGGGUCCCCAAGGAAUAUGAAAAGAGGAGAGAUGAUGGGUCCUGGCGUCCCGGGAAGUAUGAAGGCAAGGGUACUGGCCACGAUGAUGGCAAGUGGACACCUACCAAGUACCCCGGCGGGAAGUCCAAGACCAGGAGGGACAAGUUUGAUGUGGUUGAUGACUCCCGGGAACCUACAGAGUACGAGAGCAAGGGUACCAGCUUUGAAGAUGCCAAGUUGAUGUCAGAGAAAUAUGGUAAGCGCAGCGAUGACGGCAGCUGGCGCCCUGGCAAGUAUGAGGGAGACUGCACUGGUUAUGAUGAUGGAAAGUGGAACCCAGAGAAGCAAGAUUAG